GGCCGGUCCUUAUCGCAGUCACUCGGGUCUGGCCUACAUGAGCCGUCGUUGUUUCUUGCACACACUCAAAAUAAAGUAAACUGUUCGAAAUGCCGUGGACUAGCACCAACAGAAUCUAUGCGAAACCCUCCAACACGAGUGGGGGCGAAGGCGUCGCAGCCGUCGCAACUGCUAGCAGCGCCCGCGCCGCGCCUACGGCCGCCGCCGACACGGGCGGCCGCUUCGAGCUUAGCGACCACGGUUACGGUAAAAGCUGCGUCAAGCUUUUACACGUGUACCGCGAUGGCGAAUACCACGCUAUCCGGGAGUACGACGUGUCCACUGAGUUGAAGCUGACCAGCGAAUCACCCUACGUGAUCGGCGACAACAAAGACGUGGUCGCCACAGACUCGCAGAAGAACACCGUCUAUUUGCUGGCGAAAAAGCACGGUGUAAAGACACCUGAAGAGUUCGGCGCAGUUGUUGUGAACCAUUUCCUGUAUACAUACAAGCAAGUCGGUGAGGCAAAGUGUCGUGUGGUAGAGUACCCGUGGGAGCGAUUGCAGGCGGGCGCGCCACACAAUCACGCCUUCAUCUUCUCACCCGCCGCCACGAGGUGGUGUGAAGUUUCCCAAGUUAGACACGACGCAGUAGUUGUUAAGUCGGGAUUGAGUGGAUUAAGAGUGUUGAAAACGACACAAUCCGCUUUCGUAGAUUUCGUUCAAGACGAGUACACAACCCUUGCGGAUGCUGCUGAAAGAAUAUUCAGUACGGUGGUGGAGGCGGAAUGGACGUACGACAGUAUGCGGACAGCGGAUUUCGACAACGCGUGGCUCACUGUGAAGGACGCCAUCUUGGAGAAGUUCGCCGGCCCUCCCGACACCGGCGUCUACUCCCCCUCCGUCCAGCACACCUUGUACCAAGCAGAGAAGAUGGUUUUAGAAAAAGUUUCAGAGAUUUCGUGGAUCAAAAUGACGAUGCCAAACAAGCAUUAUCUAAAUAUAGACAUGUCCAAAUUCCCUGCUAACGUGACGAAAGGAGACCCACGACACCACAUCUACCAACCUAUCGAUAAGCCAGCCGGCUUAAUCUACGCACAGCUACGCCGUAGACCCAAGAGUCAUUUGUGAUGUAGUUAAAGGCUACGUUUCGUAGCAAUGUCUACAAUGAUGAAUUUUAAUGAAUCUAUAAAAAACAUAUUUUGCUAUUAUUUUGUUACGAUAUAAUCUUGGAUCUAAAAUACAGUUAUAAAUAUAAUAUUAAUUCUAGAUUUGAUGUGUAAAAUGGUAACAGUUUAGUAGCAGAGUAUUGUACUUACAACACGUGGUUUCAAACCAAAUGUUUUGUAAUGUCUACAAUCAGUUGAAUUGUAAGUUCAAGAAUGUAAAAAAGCUUAGUAUUUCAUACACAUUCCGUGUGAGUUAGUUCAAAUUAGUUUAAAGUGUAUAGUUUAUAAGAAUUUUAAUAAACAAAUACUUUGGAUAGGUAACGUAAUAAGCGCUCAAGUUCUCAAUAAAUCAAUCAAAAUCUAGUCAACUUAAGAGAGUGAGGCGCCAUAAACUUUUAUUAAAUCUGACUAAAUUUUCGUACUAGUGCUAUGUAAUUAUCUAUUGUUAUUAAUAUACAUUAUUUUUAAUAAAGGUGUUAAUACCAAACAUCUCACAAAGCUCCGUAUUGUGAGGUAUACUUUGAUUUUUAAUUUGUACAUAAGAAUCGGACAAAAUUGAAUUGUAUAUAAAUUGUUGAACCUUAGAAAAUAACUAUUAAAUAUAAAUAAAUAAGAAUUGUGUU